AUGGGUGAUACGAAUGGACAAGUUGUAGCCGGUGGAAAAGACAAAGGAAAUCGAUUGGACCAAUUAGAUUUUCCAACCGAUGUGCUAAUCGAGAAAUACACUGAUAGUCUUAUUAUCUGCGAUCGAGAUAAUCGACGAGUCGUACGAUGGUCUCGUCGUUGUGGCACAACUCAAGGUGAAAUCCUCAUCGACAACAUCGAUUGUCGAGGAUUGUUCAUGGAUGAUCAGAGAUAUCUCUACAUAUCUGACAUCAAAAGACAUGAAGUAAGACGAUAUCAAAUAAGAGGCAAGAAUGGAACUACCGUGGCUGGCGGGGAUGGCAAAGGUACUGCUCUGAAUCAACUUAACUUUCCAACCUGCAUCUUUGUCGAUCAACAACAGAAUGUCUACGUGUCAGAUAACAACAAUCAUCGUUUAAUGAAAUGGAAUAAAGGUGCAAAAGAAGGCAUUCUCGUUGCUGGGAGUAAAGACGACGGGAAUGCUCUAACACAAUUGUAUCAUCCUAACGGACUCUUCGUCGAUACUUUGGGUACCAUUUAUGUUGCUGAUUCUGGAAAUAAUCGAGUCAUAAGUUGGCCUAAAGGAGCAAAACAGGGUACUGUCAUUGUGGGUGGAAAUGGUGAAGGAGUAGGAGAAAAUCAGUUUCAUCAUCUCCGUGGUUUGUCUUUCGAUGGACAAAGCAAUCUCUAUGUCGUCGAUCGCUAUAAUCAUCGUGUUCAAUUUUUUUCUCUUAAAUAA